AUGACUCUGGAGCUACUUUUACUUCCAGUAGCCUUUCUCUGUGCUCUCGAUUUCACCAGAGCAGUAGACCGUCACAGCUGCCCCUCGGAGUCUGACCCGAGUUCCUGUCCGACCCACUGUUGUGCUGUCGGAUACGUCCUGGAGCGAUGCAACUGCUGCACAGUUUGCGCACCUGGAGAGGGCGAGGGACACCCCUGCAGCCGCGACCCACCGGUGCCCUGCGGGGAGGGCAUGGUGUGCGCGCGACGAGGCUCCACUGAGGUCUGCCGAUGUAAGGCGGCGCAUUUCGUGUGUGGAAGCGACGGGAAAACGUAUGGGAAUGUUUGCAAGGUGAGAGGAGCCAACCGCAAAAGAAAGGGGAAGGAUGGAGUCCGACAAGUGCACAGAGGACCGUGUGCUCCUUCAAGUACAGGUCCUAGCAGUCCUCGCUACAAGUUCAACUUCAUCGCCGAUGUCGUGGAGCAAAUAGCACCAGCCGUUGUCCACAUUGAGUUGCUACUAAGACAUCCUCUCUUUGGACACCAGAUGCAUGUUUCCAGUGGCUCUGGUUUCAUUGUAACUCCGUCGGGCUUGAUCAUCACUAGCGCUCACGUGGUAUCCACCAGUGCUGCGGUGAUGGGCCGCCUCCAAUUGCAUGUUCAGCUCCAUGAUGGUAGCGUGUAUGAGGCUUUGGUCAGAGAAGUGGACAGGAAGGCUGACAUCGCCACCAUCAAGGUCAACCCUCAGAAGAAGCUCCCUGUCCUGACUCUGGGCCGUUCAGCUGAUCUCAGACCAGGGGAGUUUGUGGUGGCUAUUGGUAGCCCCUUUGCUCUGCAGAACACGGUCACCACUGGGAUCGUCAGCACAGCACAAAGGGAUGGCAAGGAGCUGGGCAUCCAUGAUUCUGACAUUGACUACAUCCAGACUGACGCGAUAAUGUCAUAUGGAAAUUCUGGAGGGCCCCUUGUUAACUUGGAUGGUGAGGUGAUCGGUAUAAACACUUUAAAAGUGACAGCAGGCACCUCCUUUGCCAUACCCUCGGACCGAAUCAGACGUUUUCUGGCGGAGUCGGAGACAAAAUAUUCCUAUGUAUUAGAGUCAAAUCCUGACGAGAGCAAAGAUACCAGCUUUCCUCCAAAUGGGUUGACAGAAUUAGCAGUCAGAAGCGGGCAUUCUUGGAGGGAAGAGACGUUUAUUGGGUAUUAGAGUUCUCACAAUUAUCUAAAUGUGAAGCUAGCCAGUUAUUACCAUAUUGGACUAUGUUGUUUUUUUUUAAACUUUGACAUUUCAUGGCAACACUUAAGAAGAAGAUAUAUGCAUUUUGUAGUACUGUACUGGAUUUUACUGGAUAUACUGUAUGUUUGUUUCCCUCACAUCUAACAGCACCAUGGAAAUAUCACAAGCCAGAUUUUCCUGAUGUCAGCAGAUGUCAAGUCAUACAUACGCAAUCAGAAAAGUAUCUUCACACACACACACAAACACCAAAGCAAAGACACACACACACACACACACACACACACACACACACACACACACACACACACUUAGGAUGGAAUGAACCUUGCUGUGCAAGAACAGGAUUAUUGCAACAAACGUAGCUUCAAUUAUUUCUGGCCCCUCACGUCAUCCUGGGCCAAAAUGGCGGCAUCGUGAAAAAACAAAAACAUGCACGAUAUGUUAAUUGAAGAGUCGAAAUUGUUCAGAGGUGUGAAUGUGAAUAGAUGCUUUUUCUAUAUGCGCCCCAUGAUUGGCUGGCGACCAGUCCAGGGUGUUGCUUUUCCCCAAAAUCAUCCGGGAUAGGCUCCAGCUAACCCCCUUCCCCAAUGAGAAUAAGUGCCGUAGAAAUGCAAAGAUAGAUAUUCACAAGGGACGAACUCAGAUGUAUUUCUCUCAUGGCAUAGUACAGUUUUCCUCUUUUGGGAUGUGAUGAAUAGAGGAAGGGCUUGCUAUGAAGUUGAAUAGUCAAGCAGUACAAAACA